UGAAAUACAAAGCCACUUACAAAAAUCUUGAGCACUUCUCACAAAAACGAGAGAGAGAGAUUCUUUUGAUUUUCGUUUCUUUGGCUCUCUAUCAUUUAUUAUUCGGUCAAUUAGUAUGGCACGGCCUGUGUUCUUACUCGUUUGGGUUUUAACUCUUUUGAUUGCUUCACUCGUCUCUACUGAUAUUGUAGAGUAUUCUUUCGUAGUAAAAGACAUGACUCUCCAACGAUUAUGCCGCAAUCAAGUAAUCACUGCUGUAAAUGAAGGCCUCCCAGGCCCAACAAUACUGGCUUAUGAGGGGGACACCCUUGUUGUUCAUGUCUUUAAUAAAUCUCCUUACAACCUUACUAUUCAUUGGCAUGGAAUUUUUCAAAUAUUGAGUGCAUGGGCAGAUGGACCUGAAUAUGCAACUCAAUGUCCAAUACGUCCCGGAAAUAGCUAUACUUACAGAUUCAACAUCACAGGACAAGAAGGAACCCUAUGGUGGCACGCACAUAGUCAAUGGCUUCGUGCAACCGUUUAUGGGGCGUUAAUCAUCCGUCCAAAAGUUGGUUACUCAUACCCAUUCCUAAAACCCUACAGAGAAUUUCCAAUUCUUUUAGGAGAAUGGUGGAAUGCUAAUAUUAUUGACGUCGAGAACCAAGCACUUGCAAACGGUGGUCCUCCUAACAGUUCCAAUGCUUUCACCAUCAAUGGGCAACCCGGCGAUCUCUAUCAUUGUUCUUCAAAUAGCACAUAUAAGGUAAAUUUGGCACAAGGUAAAACAUAUCUCCUACGCAUAAUCAACGCUGCAAUGAAUAACCAAUUCUUCUUCAAGAUAGCCAACCACAAAAUGACAGUUGUUGCCGUUGACGCCACUUAUACUACUCCGAUGGUCACCGACUUCAUUGUUAUUGCUCCUGGCCAGACCAUCGACGCACUACUCAUUGCCGACCAACCAGCAGCCUAUUACUACAUGGCAGCACAUACCUACCUUAGUUCAGAAGGUAUACCGGAUACUACCACCUCUACCACCGGGAUCAUUGUCUAUGAGAAUGCCAUAUCAUCAACCCCACGAAUGCCGGUCCUACCAGCCUUCAAUGACACACCAACAGCCUACAAGUUCUAUUCUAGUUUAACUGCCCUAGUUAUUGCGCCUCAUUGGGUCCCAGUCCCACUCAAUGUUGAUGAACACAUGUUUGUGACAAUAAGUUUGGGCUUGAUCCCAUGCGAAGCAAGUUCCACCUGUGAUGGUCCACUUGGAGAGCGAUUAGCCGCAAGCUUGAACAACGCAUCAUUCGAGUUCAACACCAAGUUGUCAAUGAUGGAAGCCUUUUUCAACAAUGUUGAUGGAAUCUACACGACUGAUUUCCCCGACCAACCACCAUUGGUAUUUGAUUACACAAAUUCAAACAACAACUUCAAUAGAACGAUCAUAAUGACAUCAAAGUCAACCAAAGUGAAAAAACUUAAGUUCAAUUCAAUUGUUGAGAUAGUGUUACAAAACACAGCCUCACUGGGUAUAGAGAGCCACCCUAUGCAUUUGCAUGGAUUCAACUUCCAUGUCUUGGCUCAAGGGUUUGGAAACUAUGACCCAAUAAAUGAUCCCAAAAAGUUCAAUCUAGUCAAUCCGCAGGCGCGAAACACCAUUGCUGUGCCGACCGGAGGGUGGGUUGUUGUCAGAUUUCAAGCAAACAAUCCUGGUAUAUGGUUGAUGCAUUGUCACAUGGAUAUACACAUGCCGUGGGGCUUAUCGAUGGGUUUUGUGGUUGAGAACGGACCAACACCUUCAACUACGUUGCCUCCGCCUCCACAAGAUCUCCCCAAAUGUUAAGAGUUGUUCUACAUUGUUGUUAUUUUCUAUCAUUUUUUUGGGGGAUGUACCAAUAAAUCCCAAAUUAAUAACUUAUACAUUGUUUAGUUCUAAAAGUUUUCUUAUAGGCUGAAAAGUCCCAUUACAUUGUUUCAAACAUCAGAUUAAUGUUUUGAACAUUAGAUUUCGAAUAUCAGAUUAAUGUUUCGAACAUUAGAUUUCGAACAUCAGAUUAAUAUUUCAAACAUUAGAUUGAUGUGCAAAUGGGACUAAAUGGAGCAUAAAAAAACUUUUAAGACUAAAUGGUUCAACUUUUCAAAAACUAGGACUUAUGGAUAAAUUUUCUUUUUUUUUCCAUGUAAUAAAGGUGGCCAAUAAUUUAUUCUUUCAAUUGUUUUAAGUUUGCUUUCUUCGGUUAUUUUCUAUCAUUUUUUUUUUACCAUGUAAUAAAGGUGUGGCCAUUAAUUUAUUCUUUCAAUUGUAUUUAG